AUGCAUAGGGAACAUGAGGAAGCUCAUGAAAAAUUGUUUCAUGAUUAUUUCAGCAUCGAACCUCUGUACCCCGAGAAUAUAUUUCGCCGAAGGUUUCGUAUGCACAAGCAUGUUUUCCUUCGUAUUGUCGAAGGUUUAACAGCUAAAGAUGAUGAGUUCUUCACGCAAAAACCGGAUGCUACUGGAAGGAUAGGUGCAACUGCACUCCAAAAAUGCAUAGCGGCUAUCAGGAUAUUGGCAUAUGGUUCAUCCUCUGAUGCUGUUGACGAGUACCUGAAAAUUGCUUCAAGCACCGCUAGAGAAUGCCUUCUUCAUUUUAGCGAAGGGGUUGUUGCUAGAUUUGGACAUGAAUACUUGAGGAAGGCAAAUGCAAAUGACAUUGAGCGUCUCCUACAUGAAGACGAGCGUCGUGGCUUCCCAGGCAUAAUGGGAAGCAUCGAUUGCAUGCACUGGAACUUGAAGAAUUGUCCUCGGGGUUGGAAAGGAAUGUAUCAAAGGUCUCCCGUCUUUGAUGAUGUUCUGCAAGGAAGAGCUCCAGAGGUCAACUUCUUAGUGAAUGGGACAACUUAUAACAUGGGUUACUAUCUUACUGAUGGCAUAUACCCGAGGUGGUCAACAUUCAUCCCCGCAAUAAAGCUCCCCCAAACCCCCAAACAAAGAUUAGCCACACAACAUCAAGAAGCUGGAAGAAAAGACGUAGAGCGUGCAUUCGGGGUAUUGCAAGCUAGAUUUGCAAUCAUUCGCAAACCCGCUCUCGCGUGGGAUAAGGACAUAUUGUGGAAAAUAAUCAUGCAUCAUGCACAAUAUGAUUGUUGA